CGGCGCCGUUUAAAUGAUGUCAGAACCCCCAAUAAACCCUUUCGUUCCACUUCUGAAACGAAGACGGAGGCUGUAAUAAUUUACGAACAAUCAGAAAAAAGAAAUGAGUAGUUCAAAUCAACCUCACGAAGAAGAAGAUGACGAACAAGGCGAGGUGUUUCUGGACGAUGAUGAUAUAAUUGGCGAAGUUACGGUUGAUGAAGAAGAACUUCCAGAAGCCGCCGCCGAUGACGAAGACGACAACGACAUCGACGUCGAAGACUCUGAUGACUCUCUGCACAUAUUCACUGGUCAUACAGAUGAACUGUAUGCAGUUGCCUGUAGUCCAACAGAUCCCCAGUUAGUGGCCACAGGAGGUAAGGAUGAAAAAGGUUUUCUUUGGAAGAUUGGUCAAGGAGAUUGGGCUACCGAGCUUCCAGGCCAUAAGGAUUCAGUAGCUAGUUUAGCUUUUAGUACUGAUGGACAGUUAUUGGCUUCUGGUGGGUUGGAAGGAGUUGUUCGAAUUUGGGAUGCUUCAUCAGGGCAGUUGAAAAAAGUAUUUCAUGGUCCUGGAGACGGAAUUGAGUGGGUCAAAUGGCAUCCAAGAGGGCAUUUUCUCUUGGCCGGUUCGGAGGACUCCAUUGCAUGGAUGUGGAAUGCUGAUAGAGAUGAUCCACCUAGUAUGUUUUCUGGACAUGGAAGCAGUGUAACAUGUGGUGAUUUUACCCCUGAUGGGAAAACUAUUUGCACCGGUUCUGAUGAUGCAAGCUUGAGGAUAUGGAAUCCAAGGAAUACAGAAACUGUUCAUGUUGUCAAAGGUCAUUCAUAUCAUAAGGGAGGACUGACAUGCUUGGCAAUGAGAGAUGUCUCAGAGACUACUCUUGCCAUUACUGGUUCACAGGACGGUUCCGUCCACAUUGUUAAUAUAAAUCUUGGAAGGGUCGUUACCUCUCUGGUAUCUCACACUGAUUCAGUUGAAUGUGUUGGAUUUUCACAAAGCUCUACAUGGGCUGCAUCAGGAAGCUUGGAUCAUAGGCUUAUCAUCUGGGAUGUGCAGCAUUCAUUGGCUCGCUCCACAUGCGACCAUCAGGAUGGUGUUACAUGUUUGACAUGGCUUGGAGCAUCUAAAUAUAUAGCUACAGGAUGUGUGGAUGGGAAAAUAAGAAUAUGGGAUAGUCUGUCUGGAGAUUGCGCGAGAACUUUCAGUGGCCAUGCUGAUCCCAUUCAGUCUCUCGCCUUAUCUGCUAGUAUGGACUACCUCGUUUCUGCUUCAAUAGACGGAACUGCAAGGGUGUUUGAAAUUGCAGAGUUCCGGUGAGCGAAUUUAGCAAAAUAUAAGAUUAUAUUCAAAUCAAUCUUAACAUUAUUCAAUAUACAGGAUUUGACAGGCUUUGAAACGUAGGAUUAUUAUGUUAUGUUUCCAUUUCAUCAUUUUUUUUUCUUCUCGGAAAACCUUUGUCUAAUUUAUUAUAUUAUUGAUGUUCUGAUCAACGAAUCAUUUGUUAAAAAUUAUUAUAUUGGGAAUCAAUUUGAAGUUAUUUGAAAUUUA